AUUUGCAUAAUACUUGAAAAUUCAAAUCAUAUUUUUCUGGGCAUCUUCAUUUUAGCAUAUCAGUUAUAAAUAAGCCUCCAGUGUUUAUCCAUCCCUUCACCCAAGGGGGUUUGUUUUCUUCUUCCUCCUCGUUUCCAAGACUAGUUUGAUUAGGGUUUCAUUUACAGUCUAAAAUGAGCAAAUCUAGCAUUAGUCGAGUGGAAAAGAAGAUGGUGUUGCCCUCUCUCAUAGAAUCUGAACUCUCAUCUCAGCUGUCCCCUCAAGGUGACAUAAGGGCUCGGAGAAGGAGGAAGAAGGUGAAGGGAGAAGAGGCGAAGAAGCGAAGGUUGAGCGAGGAGCAAGUGAAGUUCUUAGAGAUGAGUUUUAAGGAUGAGAGGAAGUUGGAGUCAGGAAGGAAGGUACACUUGGCUGCUGAGCUUGGUCUUGACCCCAAGCAGGUCGCUGUCUGGUUCCAAAACCGGCGAGCACGACACAAGAGCAAGCAGGUGGAGGAGGCCUUUGUCAAGCUGAAGAUGGCACACGACUUGGCCGUAAUUGAGAAAUGCCACCUAGAGAACGAGGUGAUGAAUCUGAAGGAGAAGCUAAAGGAAGCUGAGGAAGAGAUAAGGAAGUUGUCAAUGGGGGAUUGUUUCAGUGGAGGCAACAUCAAUAGAAGUGGUAGCCCAAGCUCGAGCUUCUCCAACGCAAGCCACCGACCAAUUGUUGGAUCGGAGUUUGGAAGCAAGGGAAAAGAUGAACUAAUUUAUUUGCAAGAAUAUGACAACUUCUACAUGACAAUGGAGUGGGCUACUUUGUAUGAAGAUGUGUAAAAUUAUUAGUUUUUGGUUAAUAUCUUUAUUAUUAGUCAUGUGAUUAAUCCUUAUGAAUUGUGAUCCUUCCACUUAGUAAUUAUUCUCCUUUUUGGCAAA